CCGCCGCGGAGCCGGGCGCCAGCGUGAAGGAUAAAUAAAAAGCGAAGAGGAAGAGGCUGGGGAGGAGGAGGAGGAGGAGGAGGAAGGGGGGGAGGAAAGAAGAAGAAGAAAGCGAGCAAGAAAAGAAAGCGAGGAGCCAGGCGGCCAGCCCAGCCGCGCCGCUCCCGGCAGCCAGGGCAGGAGGCGGCGGCGGAGCGGGGCCGGCGGCCGGCGAUGGAUGACCAGCCGCGGCUGAUGCACACGCACAGCGGGGUGGGGAUGCCGGGGCACCCGGGCCUGUCCCAGCACAUGCAGGAUGGACCAGGCGGGGCGGAGGGGGAGGCAGGCAGGAAGCAGGACAUCGGAGACAUCUUACAGCAGAUCAUGACCAUCACGGACCAGAGUUUGGACGAGGCGCAGGCCAGGAAACAUGCUUUGAACUGCCACAGGAUGAAGCCGGCGCUUUUUAAUGUCUUGUGUGAAAUCAAAGAAAAAACAGUGCUGAGCAUCCGGGGGGCGCAGGAGGAGGAGCCCACGGACCCGCAGCUGAUGAGGUUAGACAACAUGCUCCUGGCCGAGGGGGUGGCGGGCCCCGAGAAAGGAGGGGGCUCCGCCGCCGCUGCCGCCGCCGCCGCCGCCUCCGGGGGAGCCGGCUCCGACAACUCGGUGGAGCACUCUGACUACAGAGCCAAACUCUCCCAGAUCCGGCAGAUCUACCACACGGAGCUGGAGAAGUACGAGCAGGCGUGCAACGAGUUCACCACCCACGUGAUGAACCUGCUGCGCGAGCAGAGCCGGACCCGGCCCAUCUCGCCCAAGGAGAUCGAGCGGAUGGUGAGCAUCAUCCACCGCAAGUUCAGCUCCAUCCAGAUGCAGCUGAAGCAGAGCACCUGUGAAGCCGUCAUGAUCCUGCGCUCGCGGUUUCUGGACGCUCGGCGGAAGAGACGAAACUUCAACAAGCAAGCCACGGAAAUCCUGAAUGAGUAUUUCUAUUCCCAUCUCAGCAACCCUUACCCCAGUGAGGAAGCCAAAGAAGAGCUAGCCAAGAAAUGUGGCAUCACAGUCUCACAGGUAUCAAACUGGUUUGGAAAUAAGAGAAUCCGGUACAAGAAGAACAUAGGUAAAUUCCAAGAGGAAGCCAAUAUUUAUGCUGCCAAAACGGCUGUCACGGCUACCAACGUGUCAGCCCAUGGAAGCCAGGCUAACUCACCCUCAACUCCCAAUUCAGCUGGUUCUUCCAGUUCUUUUAACAUGUCAAACUCUGGAGAUUUGUUCAUGAGCGUGCAGUCUCUCAAUGGGGAUUCUUACCAAGGGGCCCAGGUUGGAGCCAACGUGCAGUCACAGGUGGAUACCCUUCGCCAUGUUAUCAGCCAGACAGGAGGAUACAGUGACGGACUCGCGGCAAGUCAGAUGUAUAGUCCGCAGGGCAUCAGUGCUAAUGGAGGUUGGCAAGACGCUACUACCCCAUCGUCGGUGACCUCCCCCACAGAAGGCCCUGGCAGCGUUCACUCUGAUACCUCCAACUGAUCUCCCAGCAAAUUGCAUCCCUGGCUGAGCCGGCCCCGGCGGGGGCGGGAGGGGAGGGGGCCUCUCCUAACACCGCAGCAGUCAGACUGGAGGUGAACCCAAUCAGCACACACAAGAAGACUCCUUCUCUUCUCUUCUCUUCGUCGGGAUGCUUUUAUCAGCCAAUCUGGACACUUCUUUAUACUCUCUUCCCUUUCUUUUCUGGGUAGAAGCCGCUCUCCCCCUCCCCGCCACCGCCACAACACCGCUCCCUUCCCCUCCCCGCUUCCCACCCAAGGUAGAAGGAUUUUAAGGAGGAAAAGCAAAAAUCGACCACCACCACACAAACCAACCCCAGAGCAGUGUACAGCCUCGUGCUGGAUGUCUUUCUGAGGAGCUACAAAUGUACCUGGGUCACGUCUCGCUCCCUCGCUAGCAGGCAGCCCCCUGCCCCCUUCCUUUCACGCUACCUCUCCGUAGGGAAUUGCCACCGUAGGGAAUCUGCUCCCGCCUGUCCCUGCAGCCUCCUGCCCUCAGCCCUGCCCCCGUGAGCUGUCCCUGGUGUGCUGCAGGGACGGGGCAGGUGGCACAGCCCCGUGCACGUAGAAGGAGCCAGCGUGCUCCCCCUCACUUCCAGAAGGUGCCGUUCCCAUUCCCAGCCCUAGGGAAACCUCCCAGUGCCAGCCCUGCUCAGCCAAGCUUCCCUCCCGCUGGCUGCUGUGGUCUGGAUGAGCCAUGAAGCCCUGCUGUGCUGCCUGCCUGUUGCUGGAGGGGAGAAGAGGGAAGGAAGGGCGGCAGAGGCAGGUGAGAAUCGGCCAUCGCUGGGAACAGAGGUGCUGCCACCUCCACGGAGCCGUGUGGCAUCAGGCAUGCGUGGCUGAUGGGACACCAGCACUUCUCCCACCUGGGGAGGCUGGCGGUGGAGUUCUCCUGCUCAGGGCAGUGUCACGGGGUGUUGGCUCCUGUUUCCAGGAGGAGCUGGGUUCUGCAGAUCAGGCAGGACCCACGGAGGUUUGUGCCAACCCCUGCAUUCCCAAAGCCCUGCCAAGCCAGCAGUGAGAGAUGGGCAGCAGAAUGCCAGGGGCUGGAAGUGCUGGGGUGAGUGUCUCGGGUGCUUUUGGCAGCACUUCACACCACAGGUUUGCUCUGUAGGACAGGUGGCUGCCCCACUGGGGGAUGUCUGUGUGCUGGAGCUGCUGGUUUUACCCCAGGAGUUACCUGGGCAGUGGCCAUGGAAGAACUCAUGGGACUUUCUGCCCAGCUUUUCUGGUCCACUGUUGGGACAAGCAGUGGUGCUGGCAAGCGAGGCUUCAUCCUGCUCCUUCAGGCUGAUGCUGGGAGGACGUGGCUUUCAUGGAAGAGCAGGAAGAGGCAGCACCAGUUCCCCUGGGAACCAGGCUGAGCUUCAUGCCAGGGUGGGACUUCUGGCCAUCGGUUCUUUCAGUGGGCACAAGGAGGCUGAGCCAGCCUGCAUCAAGACCCUGGGUGUGGUGGGACUGGUGUGGGUGCAUGUCUGGCACCUUGUGAUGGAUCCCAGGAUCCCGUGGGAUCAAUACCUCACACUGUUGAAUGUCUGUGCCCACCCUGCUUGUGCUGGUCUCGAGAUGGGAACUGCCAGCAUGGAGCAGCAUUAGCAGAAACCAUUUAAAAUUAGAGCUCUGCCAAAAAUAUUUCCACCCUUCUGCUGGAAAAAAUAAUGGUCCUCAGCCUGCAGGGCACAGUGGUGGUGUGGCCUCAGCUCCAGCAUGGUCACCUUGCAGCACAGGGGUGUCCUGUGUCCAGCAGUGACACUUCCUGCUCCUUCUGCACCCGUGCCAGGCGUGGGGACCGUGUGGCGGAGCAGGAUGUGGCAUGAGGGGCCCAGGGCUGCCUCCCAGCUGUGUGUCAAGAGCUCGGAGAAGGUUGUUUUCCUGCCAGGACAGUCGGGAGGUGCUGCCCACCUUCCCCAGCUCUGCCCCUUCCCACUCUCCUCCUCCUCUCCUCCCUCAGCACUGCCUUUUGUCCACUUCCAGCUUAUUUCACACGAAUCUGUUCUGGCAAAGCGUUCCAGGGGCACAGGACUGGGUGAGGCCUCUUCUCCCGAGCGGCAGCAGUGCCGUGCCCGCGGGAAUGCCACCGUCCCUCUUGGAAACCAACCGGGAAUGAGCCGAAACCACGGCUGCUGGAGCCAGCCCACGCUGGGGCUGCCCUGCUGCUCCUCCUGCCCGUCCCCCUGCCCGGGCUGGGCCCUCGCUCCUCCACGGUACUUUGCAAAUCCCCUCCUGGGUUCCCCAGUUGGUCCCUCCAGUUUGUGUUGGCGUAGCUGCUUGCUUGCCUUUUUUUUUUUUUUUUUUUUUUUUUUUUUUUUUUUUUUUUUUUUUUUUUUUUUAAUUUUUGGGUUUUGUUUCUCCUCCCCAUUCUCCUCCCCUGCUCCAGACCCGAGUGUUGUGGGGUUUUUUUUUCUUUUUCUUCUUUUUUUUAUUAUUAUUAUUUUUCUUUUCUGCCCAGAAAAACCUGACUUCGAUACCAAAAAAAACAAAACAAAACAAAAAAACCACAAAAAAAACACAAACAAAAAAAACCUGCAGAAACUCAAAAAAAAUAAAAAUGAAAAAAAAUCACAAAAAAAA